AGAGAACCCGAGAAGCACUGAGGGGAAAACAGGUUUUCAACGAGAAAAAAUACAGAAGGCAUCAUGUUCAAGCUGCAGAAAACCGUCAGACCAAUCUGGGCUGCCAGAAGAAUCCACAACUCUGCUGUGGAAGCAGUGUUGAGGAGCCCGACUCCUGAAGAAACAGUCACUGCUAGUUUUGGGAAGUUUAUCAGUAAGGUCAAGCCCCAGCACCUGUCCUCGGUGGUUCUCCACCGCAGUAAAAGAAUGGUACUGGACAGCAUUGGAGUUGGUCUCAUUGGUAGCACAACUGAGGUUUUUGAAAUGGUGCUACAACACUGCAAGCACAUGUACGGCCAUGAUAACAUCUGCUCAGUGUAUGGGAAAAGAGGCAUCAAGCUCUCCCCAACAUUGGCAGCUUUUGUCAACGGAGUGGCGACUCAUUCCAUGGACUUUGACGACACCUGGCAUCCAGCAACUCACCCAUCAGGGGCCGUUCUUCCUGCUGUGUUAGCGCUCAGUGACAUGAUGCCAGCCAGCAGGAAACCCAGCGGUCUGGACUUCUUACUCGCGUUUAACGUGGGUAUCGAGAUCCAGGGCCACCUGAUGAGGUUCUCCAACGAGGCCCGCAAUAUUCCUAAAAGGUUUCAUCCUCCCACUGUCGUCGGUCCCAUGGGAAGUGCAGCAGCCUGUGCUCGCCUCCUGUCUCUGGAUUCCUCUCAGUGCAGUCAUGCCUUGGCGAUAGCUGCUUCCCUGGCUGGAGCUCCCAUGGCUAACGCUGCCACUCAGUCUAAACCCCUCCACAUUGGCAACGCCUCACGCCUUGGGCUUGAAGCUGCCCUUCUGGCAUCCAGAGGCCUAGAGGCCAGUCCUCUGGUGUUGGAUGCUGUUGCAGGAGUGGCAGGCUUUAGUGCUUUUUAUGAAGAUUACAAGCCACAGCCGUUAGAUUCACCGCAUAAUGGCCAUGCAUUCCUGUUAGAGGAGCAGGACAUGGGCUUCAAGCGCUUCCCCGCCCAUCUGGGGAUGCACUGGGUGGCAGAUGCUGCAGCUUCUGUCCAUAAGCUUCUAGUGGGCAUUGGUCCUGGAAAGAUCUCUCCAGAUCAAGUCCAGGACAUCUUGCUCAGAGUCCCCCUCUCUAAAUACAUCAACAGGCCUUUUCCUGAGUCAGAGCAUGAGGCUCGCCACUCCUUCCAGUUUAACGCCUGCAGCGCUCUCCUGGAUGGUGAGGUGACUGUCCAGUCCUUCACCCCCGGCGCCAUUAGCCGCCCCGAGCUCCACGCUCUGUUGAGCCGCGUUCGGCUGGAGCAUCCCCACGACAACCCCGCAAACUUCAACCUGAUGUACGGGGAGGUCCAGGUGACGCUUGUGGGAGGAGACAUUCUGAAGGGACGCUGUGAUACCUUCUACGGUCACUGGCGCAACCCGCUGACCAACGAGAGCCUGAGGAAGAAGUUCAGGAACAACGCAGAGGUAGUGCUUCCAUCAGCGAAGGUUGAGCGGCUGAUUGAGGCGGUGGACGAGCUGGACAGACUUGACGAUUGCCAGGACUUACUCUCACAGCUGCAAUGAAGAUAUAUUGCAAAUAUAUUUAAUAUAUAUCAUUAUAUGAUGAGUUUCAUUGUCACCAAUAAACACUUAUUUGUACAUUUUAUCAUCUUUAUGCUUCUUUAAAUUGUAUAUAUUCUAUACUUCAAAUUAUUCUGUUUGAGAGUUGCAUUCACAUAAAUGU